GUUCCAAUGUGUACCACCCGUGGACAUGCGUUAGUUUACGGGACGGAAAAGUGAUUGCACAUUUUCUUAUUGACCUGGCCGCUCUCAGACUUUUCUCUGCCGCAACAAAAGACUACACAAGAGACUGACAGACGACAGACUAUCUACUGCUAAGUGCUAAGAUUUAUCUUUUAGGAUUUUAUAGCAAGCACGUUAAGAUCAUAUUUCUGUAACAAAAAACAAAAAUGGAUAAAAUAAUAGAUAUACUAAAUAAGAAAUUAGGUACACGUAUAAAAGAACUUUCAGAACAAUAUAGGAAACUCAAGACUGAUGAGGAACGUGUAAUAUUUACUUCUAAUGUUAUGCGAGACUAUUAUAUUAUUCCUAAUGCAACUGGAAUGCCAAAAGAUGCCAAAAAAUCAGAGGAACUACGAGAAAAUGGCAAUAAAACCUUUGUCAAAGGUGGUCUUGAUAAUAUGACAUGUGUAGACGCACUGAAAUUAUAUACUAAGAGUAUAGCCUUUGCGCCUUAUCCGUCUGAGCAACUUGCACUGGCAUAUGCCAACAGAUCGGCGGUUUUGUUUCAACUAGGAUUGCAUUUAGAAUGUGUUUUGGACAUUGAUCGAGCAUUAGCUUUCAAUUAUCCAGACAAUCUGAAAGCAAAGCUUUAUAUUCGCAAAGCAGAAUGUUUAAUGAUUCUGGAAAGUUGUUCCACAGAAGAUACUCUUAAAGAGGCCCAGCAUUGGCUAGAGAUGUCUCAGAAGGAUGCAAAUCAAGAGAAGUUGAGAGCAAAGCUCAAUGUUUUACAUCGUAAGACUGUACAAAUCAAACCAAAUGUUCAAAAUCCUUUGAGAGAAGCACAAAUAAAGGAAUCUCCUCUUCCUACUAUUAUACCUCAAAAUAAUGAAGUUCCUUGCGCAUCAGAUGCAGUAGCUAUAAAGUACAAUAAACGUUAUGGCAGACAUGUUGUUGCCACUCGUAACAUUCGUCCAGGUGAGGUAAUUGCGGUGGAAAAGCCUUAUUCAAUGAUGUUAACGCAAGAGAACAUGCAAACACACUGUUCAAAUUGUUUGAGAGUAUGUUGGGCAAAUAUACCUUGCAACUACUGUACUUAUGCUAUGUAUUGCUCGGAAGAGUGCAAAUAUGCGGAGUGGAAAAAAUGUCAUGAUGUGGAAUGUGCUGUCUUUCCCUGUUUAGUUGAAAGAUCUUUUUUGAAUCUUGAUUUCUUCAGUUUAAGACUUGCCAUACUUGCUGUGAGAGAAGCUGGCAGUAUACAGCAAUUAAAAACCAUGCUACAGGAAGUUGACAAAUGCGAUGGUAUUAAGAAUUUACUUUAUAAAUGAACUUUUUCUUAAAGUCUUCUUAAAUUUAUAUAAAAAACAAUAGGCGUUACAAGCAAUGUAUCGGGUCUUCAUGUACUUUAUUGUAAUUAUUAUGUUGAAACAAUGAAUUUCAUACGUUUCGAUCCCAGUCUGGAUCUUCUUCGGUGAAUCUACAGGAAAACUUUUAAUUCUGACAUUUGUUGUAUAGUUUAGAAUGUCGCAAAUGAGUUGAAAAAUAUAAGUUUAUAACUGAUAAAAAAAAGGAGCUGUACAUCUCCAAUAUGAUGGUCACAAAAAUAAAAUUAAAAUGAGAUGUCAAAAAUAAAACACUUGAGUAGUAGUCAACAAUCGCUUGAGAUGAUAUGCAACCUAUACCUAUACAAACGUGCGAUUCAUAUAUAAAUGGUUUUGUAAAGGUUGCAUAU